AUGUGCAACACAGAACGCUUGCCAUCACUUGACACACUACCAGCAGAAUUACUCUAUCGACUUUUGGAUCUUCUGCCUUGUGAAACUAUUCUAAUCUCUGUAGCAAAUGUUUGUCGACGAUUUCGUAGCAUUGCUCACGCUUAUGAUCGGUACGAUAUUGAUUUAAGAUCUAUUUCCCAGCCUAACUUUCAUACGAUUUGUCGUUCUAUUCGCCCGAUGAAAGUCAUUUCACUGACACUUUCCGAUGACGAGAAGACUCCAGGUCAAAUUGGAUUAUUUUUGUCGUUGUUCCAUAUUAAACUGUUCAGACGAUUGCGUCACUUGACUCUAAUCAAUAUCGCGGCAGAAGAUCUAAUGGCAAUCAGCAAACAGUGCCAGCUGAAUUCGCUCAUCUCAUUCACUAUGGAUGCGCGAGGGCAGCACAUCAUAUCGCCAUUAAAAAUGAUUACACGUGCAAUCGCACUACCAAAUCUUUGCAAACUAAGUCUCACAAGUAUCGGUUGUAUAUUCGAUAGGAUUUCGUGGCCUACGGACUGUUUAUUACAAAAUCUGAAAAUUCAGACAUGUACAAGCCAACAGUUUCUGACAUUGCUAAAUCGAUUACCUCAUCUAAAAACGUUCGAUAUUGCAGUGUAUGAAUUCAGAUCAACCGCCGCAUGUUCAUCAACGAUUCAUCGAUCUUUGACCUCUCUCACGAUGAGUAUUGAUCACACACAUAUAACAAGUCUCGACUCUCUGUUGCUGUUAACUCCUUCACUUGUGAAUUUAAAGCUUAUUAUUAAUAAUUGCGAUGCAGAGUUUCUGUCUCAAUGUUUCAGUUGGGAAGAAUUCAUUCAAAAUAAAUUAACUGAACUUCAAAAAUUUGAAUUUUUCUUCACGGUAUGUCAUCCUCGGCAAGAUUCACUGCUUGAUAUCAAGAGAUUGAUUGAUCCAUUCCGACAACCAUUUUGGCUCGAACACAAACAUUGGUUGGUCUGCUGUGAGCAAACUAAAAGUUCAAAAUACAGGACUUAUCUGUACACAGUACCCAUGUGCAUUAGUCGCCUCAAAUAUCUAAAACCGUUUCGAAAAAUUUUCUCGACCGUUGACAAUUUGCCAAGCAAUACAACAUGUCGUGUUAGUACAUUGGUUGUUGAUCUGACAACAAGAUUAAUGUCGUCCUUCUUUAAAAGGGAUGAUCCAAAUAGUACCACCGUAGAGUUUGGUCAAGUGACCGAUUUAGUUCUUUUCGUACGUGGAGAACAGAUACGCGAAUCAAUGAAGUUUGUUUCAACACUCAUCGAUAUUUCACAACUUCAGCACCUAUCCAUCACUCUUUAUUCUGAUAUUAAAUUGGACGAUGAUCCGACGGUUUAUGUUAAUACUCUUUUAAAGCCAGUGCGCAAUCUUCGUUCGCUUGCUAUAAAUUUUUGUUGGCCUUGCAACAAAUACUCUGACAAUUUGAAAAGUAUUAUAUCGAUGGUACCUCGACAUGUACAUCAUUUGCAGAUAGAUGUACGAUCAGUUGAACUAAUGAAAGAGGUUUUCGAGCAAAUCGUGGAUUUGUCCAGUGUAGCUUUUCGAAUAAGGGGAUAUCAACGUCUACAAUCUGAAGAUAUUCUUGCAUGGCUGACUAAACGUUGCCCAGGUUUCACUUUUGUGAAUACGAGAGAUGCAGUUAAUGUUUGGCUAGGAAAAAUUAAACCUGAAUCCAAUGAAAUUUUAUCUCCGAACAAACGAUUGAAAAUAAAUGACUGA